GAAGUUGAUUUGACAGCAUGGAGCAACUGAGAUUUCAUCCGAUGUAGUACAGUUCAUUGAUCACUCAGUUCUCACGAAACCCGGGGACCAGGCAGCAAGCAGCAGCAAGCAGCAGCAGCAAGUCGUUUCAAAAGGUGUUUUAAAAGAUGUGGCUGCUAUGAUACGGACUAUAUACAGAUGGCCCGGUAUACAGAUGUUAGCAGCUGUUGGAGGAGAAGCCGUUAAUCCGGUGUAACAGUCGAACGACGGAGCAUCGUUGUGUGUUUCCAUGAACUGGAUCUAACGAGCUGCGACUGUACCGUGAGCAUCAUGACGGAGCAAGCGACAGUCCGUCAGCCGAGUUCAGAGAAUAACUCAGUAAGCAGCAGCGAGUGGGACAUGGCUAAUGAUGUGUUUGUGUCCGGCUACGACGACAGUCCUGCUACUGGCGACCCGGAGCCGGCGAAGCCAGGUUUGGACAGACUCUUGCCGCUGUUAUCCCAGGAUGGCAUAAUGCUGGGCCUGGCCGGGGAGGAAUAUCCGGCCUCAUCUUAUCUGGACAUGGACCCGGACUACACCGAGAGUGACGGGAACGUCACAACCAAGAAGCGCAUACGGUCCAAUAGCUCCAGGCACCGCGGUGACAUCGUGACGGAGCUGGGGCCAGAGGAGGUGCGGUGGUUUUACAAAGAGGAUAAGCGGACGUGGAAGCCAUUCGUCGGACACGACUCUUUAAAAAUCGAGAUCGUCUAUCUGAGAUUGUGCGAGCAGAUCCCUGACAAGGUUAAACGACCCGUCGAUACCACCGAGGCUGAGGGGAAGGAGACAACCAGGUCCUACGACAACCAGUCGGAAAGCGUGGCCGCGGAUAGUGGCGGUGUACGGGCGGAGCCGCCAGUGCAGCGGUGCGCAGGGCAGCGGCGCUCGGUGUCGGAGGAGAGGAAGAACCCGGACAACAACAGCAUUAGCGUGGAGGCAGUGUGUGUCAGAGGGGGGCUCUAUGAAGUGGAUGUCAGAGAGAAGGAAUGCUAUCCUGUUUAUUGGAACCAGCAAGACCGUAUUCCUGUGAUGAGGGGUCAGUGGUUCAUCGACGGAACGUGGCUUCCCCUGGAAGAGGACGAGAGUGAUCUCAUCGAGCUGGAGCACCUCACUCGUUUCCGGGGGCAACAGAUGAGGGACACCUAUGAGAUGGAGGCUGUGACCAUCACAGUGGACAGCAAGGAUUCAAUCCACAGUCUGAAGCUGAGCAGGAGUCACGUGGACUGGCACAGUGUGGAUGAGGUGUACCUGUACAGCGACGCCACCACCUCCAAGAUCGCACGCACCGUCACUCAGAAGCUGGGCUUCUCUAAAGCCUCGAGCAGUGGGACACGUCUCCAUCGGGGGUAUGUGGAGGAGGCAGCACCUGAGGACACCCCGCCUGAAACCACACACAUUGUCUUCGUGGUGCAUGGCAUUGGCCAGAAAAUGGACCAGGGCCGCAUCAUCAGGAACACCAGCAUGAUGAGAGAUGCUGCCAGGAAGAUGGAGAAGAAGCAUUUCUCUGAUCGCACCACAGAGCACGUUGAGUUUCUUCCUGUGGAAUGGAGGUCGAAACUGGCUCUGGAUGGAGACACAGUGGAUUCCAUCACUCCAGACAAAGUGCGAGGUCUCCGAGACAUGCUGAACAGCAGCGCCAUGGAUAUUAUGUACUACACCAGCCCUUUGUACAGAGAUGAGAUUACCAGGGGUUUGACUUUGGAGCUGAAUCGUCUCUACUCACUGUUCUGCUCGCGGAAUCAAGACUUUGAGAAAAAUGGGAAGGUGUCUAUCGUGUCACAUUCCCUGGGCUGCGUUAUCACCUUCGACAUCAUGACAGGCUGGGACCCUGUGUGCUUUCAUCAUCAAGAAGCACCAGACCCAGAGGAGACAUUGGCCCGCUGGCCAAGUGACGAGGAGCGCCACCUUCAAGAGCUGCUGAGACUCACACGCCUCAGGUUAAGAGACUUGGAGGAUCAGUUCCAAGGUCUGCAGACUUCGUCUUCUGUUGCAGUGCCAGCCUUGAAAUUCAAGGUUGAAAACUUCUUCUGCAUGGGUUCUCCUUUGGCUGUUUUCUUGGCAUUGCGAGGGAUCCGGCCUGAAAACAAUGGUCUGCAAGACCACAUCCUCCCCACGUCUAUCUGCAAACGCCUCUUCAAUAUAUUCCAUCCCACAGACCCUGUGGCAUACAGAUUGGAGCCUCUUAUCUUAAAACACUACAGUAACAUUGCCCCUGUUCAAAUCCACUGGUACAACACCACCAGUCCGACGCCGUACGAUCAGAUCCGGCCCACUCUGUUCAACCCCCCAAAGGACACUGCAUCUGUCUCAGACUCAGAGAGCAUCCCCAGCCCCUGUACUUCCCCGCCCCAGGCCCGACGGCACUAUGGAGAGUCUAUUACCAGCCUGGGCAAGGCCAGCAUCAUGGGUGCUGCAAGUCUUGGGAAGGGAAUAGGAGGAAUCCUGUUUUCCCGCUUUUCCCGCUCUACCAGUCAGGUGGGUGGAGUGGAAGAGGAGCCAUCAGACUGCGAGGGUGGAGCCUCUGAAAUGGAAAGCGUGGCAUCGGUAGAGGAAGGAGCAAUGGUGGCAGACAGCGAAGAGAAGGUCAAACAAGUGGAUGAGGAGAGUAGGGAGGUGGAGUCGGCCAUGUCCCAGUCCACCUCAGCUGUCUUGGACAGCACCUCAUUGGAAUUGGAGAGACGCAUUGAUUUCGAGCUGCGGGAGGGUAUGGUGGAGAGCCGCUAUUGGUCAGCGGUAACCUCACACACAGCCUAUUGGUGCUCUUAUGAUGUGGCUCUUUUUCUCCUCACCUUCAUGUACAGACCACAAGAACCACCAGAACCUGCAGAAGACAACCCAGACAGCUCGUAACAGAAGGGCAAAGUUACACAUGAAACUGCUGGGGUCAAUUCAUUUUCUAUUCACAUCUUCUGAAAUCUAAACUGACCGACUUAAUUCCUCAUCCUCUAAUUUUUUAAUAAUUCAGUGCUUCACACAUUCAUAUGCUUUAAGCAAUAUUAAUAUAGCCACUCUAGUGACAAAAUGAAAGCUCCCUGAUCAGAGAUUUUCACAGACACAAGAAGAUUAAAGGAAAAUAUUCACAAGAUAUAAAUGGGAGUCCAUUUAGAGUCCAUGUGAAAUCCUCGCACCAAAGCAUUUUUGCUCAGAUAUAAAUCUAUCACAUGAUUAUAAUGGUGACAUUUACAUAAAAUAAUAUACUAUUUGAUAUGUUAUGAGUGUUGAUUUGGGAAAUCUAGAAUAUUGGAGGAGUAAUUCUUAUUUUUAAUUAUGUUAACUGUAGAUGAAUCUGUUCUUUUUUCUAAUAUCGUAUUUCAACUUCAUAAAAAUGGAUAUCAAGAAACUGCAAUCCAGUGGAUAAUUAGUGAUUUCUUAAUCGUUUGUUAAUUGAAAGAAGAUUUAAAGGUUUAAGAUUAAACCCCACAAUACUAACGUGCAGCACAACUUUUUGUUUUUGUUUUAACUUUGAUGUUGGCAGAAAUAUAUUUUCAAACAUGAGGUUCAAUAAAAUAGCAAACUUCAAAUGACUGUUAUAAUUAAAAUAAUUGAAAAUGAAUUGACCCAGUGCUGACACAAUCACACACAAAUCACUUACCUGUUCUACAACUCCCAGUUCACACACUCUAAUCUGGACUGAGCGGACUGUGUCCAGAAUGGGCCGUCCCUGAGGCCCUGUUUCUUGGUUGUAUUUUCUGUGCAAAGCAGCUGGAUUUAUUCUGAGUCAUCGGAGAUCCUGCUGAGAAUGUUAUUUGUCUCUGCUGAGCUUUGACUGUCUUGAACUAUAGCGACAGAGAUGCCUCCAGUGCUUCCAGGUCUAACCUGGAGCUCAUGGAAAAUAUGUUGAAUAAUUUUUCAGAAACUCAUGCCUCACAAGAGAAGAUAAAAAAACCACAAGUGAUCAUUGAAGGUUAUUUACAUAAAAGGCUAAAGGGACAUAUUUCCAUUACAAUUAUUGAAUCUUAAAACCCGAACAUUUUACAGAAACAGUCAGUAUCUGAGUUAGAGCAGCUUGAAGUUAUUUCUGAUGGUGGAGCAUUUGAAAGACCUGCAGUUUAUCACACUGCUUAAAACCCUAACACAGAAGGUGUAGCAUUAGCAGAGUGGCAGCAGCUUCACCGCUCUGUCUAUGUGCACACACCAACUAUAUUAAUCCACCAAGGUGCUAGCUCACCAGGCUUUUCAAAGGAAUGGGAGAUGGCACUCUGAUGGGUUUUUUUUCAUGUGUUACGUCCAAAACACACCCAUGAUUGUGUAAGAGACUAAGUACAAUUCUUCUGAACCAUGCACCUGGUAGAGUGAACCGCCCACUGUUAAACUAGCAAUAGUCGAUUCAGACGUGUCUUUAUGUAUUUGCACCUGUGAGCUUAGAUCGUUCAAAUUUUGCCCCUGGUGUCUUGAGUGCAUGCUAAUAUCCCGAACAGCACUCCAGACUGGGUCUGUAUGAUCAGACCAGGACACAUUUAGUUUUAUAGGCUACAAGACUUUUGCAGUGUGUGUCCUGUUCAAGGUGUCACUUCAGGAAGGGAUCACUUCUUAAAACCACAACCUUUGGUGAAAAGAAACCACUUAAUGGAGCUCAAAUUCGACUCUCAAAUCAACCCGUGGCAUGUUUACUCCCACUGAAAUGUCUAGUUGGCAAACCAACUAGGUGUUCUGCUCAUUGAUAGGUGACAGCCUGAUGCUGACUAUCACCUCAGUCCAAUUUAUUGCAAAAAAUACUGCUCCUGUACAUACUAAUAUUCUGUUGCUUGUUUUAUUAAGGCAACUUCCCAAAUCCUCACUCGUCUGUCAGACCAGUCAGCUCAGUAAAGCAAAAAGUAAAUGAUAAAUGGACUGUAUUUACAUACCUUAUCUAGUCUUACUAGAGCCCAACCAAUAUAUCGGUUGGGUGAAACAACCAGCCGACAUCAUCCAUUCACAGAAAUAUCGGUAUCUGUUUGCAGAUAUGCGCUAUAUUUUACAGUAUUUAUUUAUAGUAGGGUAAAAUAUCACGCCUCAAUUAUAUUUGUUUAUCAUAAGUGUUCGAGGAUGACAAUAAAAAAAAAGUACAUACAUAUAUUUGCCAAAAUAUUGAGUUUUUACUCCCAAAUAUUGCCAUUGGCCCCGAAAAAUUCAUAUUGGUCGGGCUUUUAAUGACCACUCAAAGUGCUUUACACUAUGAAUCACAUUCACACACACUGUCAUACAGCUCUUCUCUGUCACUCACACGUUUGCCAUCAGGGGCAAUUUGGGCUUUAGUGUCUUUAGUGAGCUCAUCCUGUUUCAUUGUCACCCUCUUUUUAACACUAAGAGGUGCUUGUCAUAUGUAACUUCCAGAAAAAGUUACAUCAGAGAAUAUUUUUCACAUUUGUUUAUUAUCUUUAAGCAUUUCAAUUUUUUAAGGAACUGAAAUCACACUCAGACCCAAACGAAGCUUGAUUUGAUUACGUGCCAUGUACAUAGAUUAUGGGCUUUGAUUUAUUUCGGCUGAAUGAAAAAUUCAAGUCUGCCAUAAAUUAAGCUUCUAUGUCAGUAUUUUAUACCUUUGUGUUCAUUGUCGUGUUGUGAUUCAUCCUUACAGUCUUGUCUCUCUAUUUGUUUUCCUCAUAUUUGAUGUAUGUAUUUAAGUCUGAAGGAGGCGUAACUGUUGGAGAUGAGGCCUCUGGACGCAGAACCAGUUACAGUUUCAGAAAACUUCCAGUUGCAAAGAAGAGAGGCCUUGACUCUGUACACUGAGGUUUCAUUCUGACAUUGACAUGAUGUUUGACAGCUCUGCCUCACAGAAUGGUUAUCCUGCUGUUGUUCAGCUCCUUCCCCUCUGGCCAACAACUACUUCAUAGCUGAGUCUGCUGGUCUACACGUUAUUCUAAUGGUCAGGUAUUAGAAGAAAAGUGCAAAUCCAAAACCAACAUUUCUUUUGAGUUCUGUUUAAAUAUAACUUUCUUUUUUGGGUUCAUUCUUUGUGAUUUUGUUUUUUAAUCAAAAAGUGACUUUACUUCGUAUAUCUGAAAAAAGUCAGAGUGAAAUAUCUGGUGAAUUUGUUCACAAUCAGAUUUUACAAUCAGAUUCUCCUUUAAAAUGUAUAUUACCUCAGUAUGGGCAGUGACUCGGAUCAUAGAGUAGGACAGAUUUAUGGAUUUUUAUACGAUUUUUUGCAUCAAUGUGAAAAUGUUCUUUCUUAAGAGGAGACAUUCUUGUAUGGUUAAAUUAUCUGUUUAUCUCUGUGGCAGCAUGUUUUAACUGAUCAGCUUCUUUUAAAACACAUGUCAUGCUGCUUAUAACUACAUGUUUACAGUGGUAAAAAACCCUCAACAUUGAGCCUGAAUGUCAAGGUGAGAAAAAUGAUACUACUUAGGGUUAGAGAAAAUACUGCUUUGUGUUAAAUAGGAAAAUGUCAAUGAUGGCUUCUAAUGAGUCUUGACAGGAAGCCAUGUACAAAUAUACAUAAUAAGUGCCACUCCUAGAGACUGGGUUACAUUGUCAUUACAAGUAAUUUAGAAUCACUGCUAGUGUUUGGUUGGUGGCAGAAAGUAACCCCACCCCCUUUGGACUUAAUUUGUCCUUGUUUACAUGUCCUUCAUGGGAUAUCUCCUUCCUGUGGAGCACCCUUGGUAUACAGUACCUUUAACUGUAUCAUAUGUAAGCGACAUCCUGUAUGGUGAUGUGAUAUGAUGGAUUCUCUUUUACCGCCAUGGUCGGUGGCUAGAAGUUAUUCCCCUCCAGUAUAGUUGUAAUUUCUGUCAAUCGAUGUAGGGGGGAAUUCUGAAUAUCACUGACUCAGAAGUUUAUUCACCAAUUAAUAAAGACUGUGAUUGGACAUGACAGUAUUCUGUUUAUCUGUUGUUGAAAUGAUUAUGUGACAUUUUGUCUCUCAGCUCAUCAGACGUCAGCUGAGUGAAGGAUACAAAAUGAGUCCUUUGUCUGUUGUCAUUCUCACACUUUCUGCCAUAACUGUACCAUUCCUACAUGAAGAUGAUGAUGAUGAUAUGGUGCUUUACCUUGAUAGAGUUUUAACCCCCCCUCCCCCUCCAAAUAAAGGGAACCUCCACCCCAUACACCA